AUGAACUUCCUCGUAAACCCGUUCAGGGCGCCAUCGCGGGCAGACGCCGGGUGGUUUUCCGCCGGGCUUGCCUCGUCGUUCCCCAACAUCGAGUCAGGGGACGAUGACGACGGCAGUUUAAUCCGGCCCCGAGUUUGCAGCAGCAGCAGCAGCAGCAGCAGCGCCAGUCCCGGUGCAAGCGUCGGCGCCACAAGGCCGGCGUGCAAGGUUUUCCACGUCCCGCCGCCAGCUCCUGGCUUGUCGAGCUCGCAGGCUACUGAGCCCCCCGAUACCGGACCCAACCCGGCGGACCUGACGGACCAGGUGCUCGUUUUCCAGUUCAGGGGCAAGUUCCACGCCAUCGACCACAAAUGCCCCCACUCGUCGUAUCCGCUUUCCGACGGUGCGCCGUUCGACAUUGAGGACUUUGGCAUCGCCCUCAGCGCCGGCAUCACGUGCCCCAAGCACGGCUGGUCGUUCGACCUGUUCUCGGGCAUGGCGGACCGCGGCAGCUACAGGCUCAAGAUGUGGGAGGUUCAGCUGCGCGACGCCGGGGGGGAGCAGGAGGUCUGGGUGAGGAGGAAGCAGCGGAUGGGUUGA